CCCCUAACGCUGACAAUCAGCAGUGUGUGUGUGUGUGUGUGUGUGUGGGGACAAUCUUUAUAAGAGCCGCUGCACAUCCCACGUCCAGCCCAUAAUCAGAUCCGAAAACCCGUAGGUGAGGAGAAGGUUGAACCUCCUUCCAUCAUUCGUCAGGGAGGGAGGCUGCGCGCACGCACACACACACACACACACACACACGCGCGCGCACAGAGACAACCAGGGCACCGGUGGCCGUGUCGCCUCCUCGGCCGAGAUCCACUCUCUGGGACUCCUCUUUAAGAACUCUCCCCUUACCACCUGCAACAACCCCAACACCCCCCCCACGACAACAAUGCAGCUAGAGAACAUCCUUCCCAGCGCGAGCAUCAAUUUACCCAAAACCUUUUACAACCUCUCGUCGUCGGACAGCGUCGCCAACAGCCCGAGGCCCGCGGCCGCGUCGCAGCAGCAGCAGCAGCAGCAGCUCGAGUACCAAGACGUCGACCGGACGGAGUCGGAGUCGAGCAGCGCGCCCAAGAAGUACCUGAGCGGGGCGGUGGGCGGCGGGAUGCUGGGCGAGGCGGGCGACGCAUUCACCGCCAAGUCCGCGCCCGACGCGAGGAAAGGCUCCCCGGUGCUCGGCGAGGACGAGCUGGCGAGCGGGCGGCGCUACAGCAUAGACGAGCUGGGCUCCGACAGAUACUUCAUCUCGUCGUCCCAGGCGAGUGCCGACAUGGCGAGCCCCUGUUCCCUCUUCCCCUACGCAGGACAGGCCGGCUCCGUGUACCCGGGCUCCGGCGGCUCCAGGUACCCGGCGUCGCUUCAUUACGGAUCCGUGCUGCCGCCCGCGGGCUUCUCCUCGUCGUCCGUGUGCACCGGCCGGAGUCAGUUCGCCGGCGCCGGGUACCAGUUCAGCCAGGGGCCCGGCUGCUUGUACCCCUCCUACCCCGGGACGGGCACGGGCAUCGGCUCCAUGUCGCUGCCGGGCUCCGCCGCCGGAGCCCGGGCGCAGGUGUACCUGUGCAACCGGCCCCUGUGGCUCAAGUUCCACCGGCACCAGACCGAGAUGAUCAUCACCAAACAGGGCAGACGGAUGUUUCCGUUCCUCAGUUUCAACAUCACCGGACUGAACCUCACGGCACAUUACAACGUGUUUGUAGAAGUGGUGCUGGCCGACCCGAACCACUGGCGCUUUCAGGGGGGAAAGUGGGUCACGUGUGGCAAAGCAGACAAUAAUAUGCAAGGCAACAAGAUGUAUGUUCACCCUGAAUCUCCGAACACUGGUGCUCACUGGAUGAGGCAAGAAAUCUCUUUUGGCAAGUUGAAGCUGACCAACAACAAAGGGGCCAACAACAACAACACACAGAUGAUCGUGUUGCAGUCGCUUCAUAAAUACCAGCCACGGCUGCACAUUGUGGAGGUGACGGAAGACGGAGUGGAGGACAUGAGCAACGAGGCCCGAACUCAAACCUUCACCUUCCCAGAGAACCAGUUUAUAGCCGUGACCGCCUACCAGAACACAGACAUCACACAGCUGAAGAUAGAUCACAACCCAUUUGCAAAAGGCUUCCGGGACAAUUAUGACUCUUCCUUAUUUCUGUUGCACAGGAUGUACACCGCCCCGGAGAGUGACCGGUUGACCCCGUCCCCGACAGACUCCCCCCGCUCCACCCAAAUCGUGCCUGGGGCCCGCUACGCCAUGCAGCCUUUCUUUCAGGACCAGUUUGUCAACAACCUGCCUCAGAACCGCUUCUACACCGGCGAACGGGCCGUGCCCCAGACCAACAGCCUCCUCUCACCGCAGAGCGAGGACGCCAGCGCGGCCGCCGCCUCCGCCGCCGCCCAGCGCUGGUUCGUCCCCCCGGUCCAGCAGCCGGGCUCCAACAAGCUGGAUCUGUCCUACGACAAUGACUAUUCCACCAGUAGCCUGCUGUCCUACGGCAUAAAGCCGCUGUCCCUACAGACGUCCCACGCCCUCAGUUACUACCCGGACUCGGCCUUCGCCUCCAUGGCGGCGGGCUGGGGCACCAGAAGCACUUACCAGCGCAAGAUGACCACGGGCCUGCCCUGGUCCCCGCGCCCGAGCCCCCCGGCCUUCCCCGAGGACCAGCUGGGGGCCACAAAGGACAAGCUGCCGGAGGAGAGCGCGCCGCCGGCCUCGACCUGGAUCGAGACGUCCCACUCGCUGAAAUCAGUUGACUCUAGCGACUCUGGCGUGUACUCCAUGGUGUGCAAGAGGCGCAGGAUGUCCCCCGGGGGCUCGAGCACAGAGAACUCCCCCACCAUCAAGUGUGAGGACUUGACUACGGAGGAGUACAACAAGGACAACCCAAAAGGCAUGGGUUAUUAUGCAUUCUACACAAGCCCCUAAGACUGUAUUUAUUGAAACUCUAUAUGAAUUCUUUUGAGUGCUCUCCAUUCCUUGUUAAUGUCUUUUUUCUCUUCUCUCUAAAGGUGCCAAAGCUUAGUGUUGCCCCCCCCCCCCCCCCCCCCCCCCCCAAUCCCCCCAAAGCAAGCUGCACACGGUUAUUUUCCCAGGCCAGUCCCUCUAACUCACAUACCUGAACAUGCGUAGUGAUUGUUGUUUUUGGAAAAGAAAAGCAUGUCCCCUUUUUUAAUUCAUUUAUUUUUUACAGAAAGAACUUUUUUCCUUCUUCUUCACAAAUGUGAUUUUAUUUUUCUUUCUUUUUAUUCUCCAGCGUAUUUAAGUCAUUUUUGUUGUACAGUAUUCGUGCACUUUAGAAUGUGAUGUAUCUUGUACAAAUUGUCUUCAUGGAGGUGUGAUUAAAUGGAUAAUAAAAAAAACGGCUUUUCAUAAAGCGUUGUCCAAACGUC